AUGGCUUACUAUGGUAGACGUGAUGUGAUGUAUAGCGCACUAAACAACGAAGUGACCCCGCCACUGGCAAGCUUGGCAGAAACCACGACUGCUAUGCCUACGUUGCUUACGAUGGAGCACGAACAUGAAGAUUCCACCAACGUUAUAAUCCACAAAGUACCAGAAACCAAAGGAGGUUGGACACACAUUGAUGACCUGGAUUCAUUUUUCACAAGAAUGUAUAGAUACUAUGUACGCGGGGGAUUCUAUCCUAUGAUAAUAUCAGAUGUAUUAUCGUUAUUACAAUUUUUAUUUAUCGUCUGGUUUUCCACUUUUCUGGUACACUGUGUAAAUUAUCCUAAAUUGUUUAGAAAUUCUACAGACAAUGUUACUGGAAAAUUGACACUUAGUGAUGUAAUAUUUCCGUUAAAUGUGUGUGUAGAGAGAAUUUCAUGGAAAUGGUGGAGUCUCAUCGUAUUGUGUACAAUAAUUUGGUUAAUGAGAUUAGUUUUAUCAUUAUACAAUUUAUAUUAUGCUUAUGACACGAAGUUAUUCUACAAUAAUGCACUUAAAAUAAAAGAGAGUGAUUUAGCAUGGGUUAACUGGUCAACGAUACAGGAGAAGGUGAGGGAAGCCCAGCCGGAACAUCACAUGUGUGUCCACAAGAAAGAGAUCAACGAAUUAGAUAUAUAUCAUAGAAUACUCAGAUUUGAUAAUUAUAUGGUGGCUAUGGUGAACAAAAACUUACUACCACUUCAGAUAUCUGUGCCUUGCAUUGGUGAUUUUCAUUAUUUAUCCAGAGGUUUAAAAUGGAAUUUAGAGUUUCUUUUAUUUACCAGUCCGUGGAGCCCGUGGGAGAAUUGUUGGCAACUUCGCGAAUGUUACAAAGAUAAUUCAAAACGAAUGGUUUUGGCACGACAGCUUGAAAAACAGAUAAUGACAUUAGCGCUUAUAAAUUUCCUACUUGCGCCUCUUAUACAGGCCUGGCAGAUAUUAUACUUCUUCUUCAAUUAUGCGGAGUUGAUAAAGCGUUCACCUGGCUCGCUCGGGCUGCGCACGUGGUCUUUGUACGCGCGCGUCACUUUGCGUCACUUUAACGAGUUGGAGCAUGAGCUGAGAGAUCGUCUGAACCGCGCGCAUAAACCUGCAACCAAAUACCUGGCCAGCUUCAUGUCGCCGAUCACGAGCGUUGUCGCCAAGAACAUCGUGUUUGUCGCGGCCAGCGUGCUGGGUGUAUUGGUGGUGCUCUCAGUGUAUGAUGAAGACGUUCUGGCUGUGGAGCAUGUGCUCACCAUUAUUACAAUAUUGGGCUGUGUAGUGGCUAUAGCAAGGGCUCUGAUUGGUGAAGAAGACCGUCUGGGCGCUGGCUGUACAGGACCGGCUCGCGGCGAGGAGCUGUUCGUGCAGGUCCUCGGUCACGUGCACUACUUGCCAGCAGCGUGGCGCGGCCGGGCACACACCAAAAAUGUUGCUGCACUCUUUCAACAGUUGUUCCAAUUUAGAGCUGUAUACAUCAUCUUCGAGGUCCUCAGUCCUCUGCUGUGUCCGUUCGUGUUGUUUUCGUUGCGGUCGCGUGCACUGGACAUAGUGGACUUCUAUCGCAACUUCACAGUUAAUGUGGUCGGCAUUGGUGACGUCUGCUCAUUCGCACAGCUGGACAUUCGUCGUCACGGACAUCCUGAUUGGCAGACCGUUGGCAAGAUAGGAAAAGUGAAGGGCGCCAAAACUCAAUACCACCAGGGCGAAGGUGGAAAGACCGAGUUGUCGCUGGUUGCCUUUUCAUGUCGGCAUCCUGGCUGGCAGCCUGCUGAACCAGCGCAGAGGCAGUUCCUGCGAUCGCUCAGGCAGAGCAUGCACCAUGCGAUCCCUGUCAAUAAUCCACUGAACAAAACCAUGCUGGGCUCGUACAUCCAACAGAGUAUUUUUGGUGCUAACACUCCCCUGCCUGCCGUACUGUCGUAUUAUCAGCAACAGAGGCCUACCUACAAGUUGCCAGAUAUGGACGAGACAAGUGAUGAAGACGAAGCACCGUCCCCCGGCACUAUGAGGUCUGGUUCGCAGCCGCAGUCAUUCGGCCUCGCCGGCAUUGGUUCAGUGCUCGGAUCGAGCGCUCUCGGCCUGGAGACAGCCGAGCCCUCCGACAACACACGUGACAUGUCCGUCAGUACGCUGCACUUGUACGACUUGCAUUUGUCACAGGCUGGUCAAAGCGUGUCCGCUUGUUGUACAAACAACUGCAGUGCGAGAGUACAGGAGGAGAGCCGUUGGCCACCAAGCAGUGAGGACACGCCGCUGCUGCAACGCCCAUAA